UCACCUCUACCUGCUGCUGAUAAAGGUGUUUAACACAUACUUCAAACACUACCUGGUCAGACUGUCUCUGGCUGGAUGGGGGAUCCCUGGUGUAAUCGUGGCGAUCUCUUUGGGAGUGAAGGAUUUCAAACAGUUUUAUGGAGUUACACAAAUGACCAUGGCUGAUACGAACCAAACUAAUGCCAUCUGCUGGAUCACAGAUGACUCUUUCUUCUACUCAUUGAACCUGGUGUAUUUCGCCCUCAUAUUCAUCUUCAACUCUGGCAUCUUGGUGGCAGUGGCUUCUAACAUCUGCAGGAUGAGACAAGUGUUCAGGAACAACUCGAAGUUUGGAGCAGAGGCUGAGGGAACGAAAUGGAAAGACUCUGAGAGGUUUAACGAGUCCUGCAAGAGUGGCCUUACUGUGAUUGGUCUCACCUGCCUGAUGGGGACCACCUGGGGCCUGGCCUUCCUGGGCUCAGGAUAUAUCAACUACCCCAUCCUCUACCUCUUCUGCAUCCUCAACUCCACACAAGGUUUCUUUAUUUUCCUGUGGAUCUGCCUGUCAGCCAAGAAGCAGAGGAAGAGAAACAUGGAGGACAGACUGACUUCAACACCUGUGAAGACUUCAGGAGUCAAAUUUGAUUAGACCCCCCUCUCCUGCCUUUGGUCCUGGUGAGAAAGCUGUGAUAGCAUAGUUGCGCUGGUAAUCCCCUGCGUGUAACCACAGAAUCUACUGCAUGUAACCCUCCUCACAUGUUAGGUUAAACAUUUCUUAAAAUGUUAACAUUGUCCUUUGUAACUUUAU